GUCAAGUUCACUGUGGAUAUAAAAUUGUAAAAAACAAUGAAAAUUCUUUUGCUGAAAAUCUUUUUGAAAUUGUUGGUGGUUCAAAAUGUAGUUGCGUCAUCAGGAAGAUUUGACGAUAGUCAAACUGAAAUGCUUCCACGUAAAGAUAAGUAUCGUGGUGGGAAUGGUGGAAAUGGAAAUGGAAAUUGUUGUUGCUGCUGUCAAACUCCAAACUUUUACCCUCGAUUUUAUCCUAGAUUCUAUCCAGGGGGUUUUCAACCAAACAAUCCUAAUAACCCAAAUAACCCUCAAAACCCAAACUAUCCGAUGAACCCAAAUAAUCCUCCGAACUAUCCAGUCAAUCCUAAUAUUCCAAUGAAUCCUCCUAACAAUGGUCAACCUCCCUUUAAUCCUCCAGCAAAUGGAAAUCCAAAUGUCCCUCCGAUGAAUCCCAAUAAUGGACAACCUCCAAUGAAUCCAAAUAAUGGACCCAUGCCAGUGAAUCCAGUAAAUCCAGGAAAUCUUCCACCUCCUCCAAAUAAUAAUCCACAACCAAAUCCACAACCAAAUGAUCAAGAUCAAAAUAAUCAGCCUGAAGGAUCAAACAAGGACCGUUCAGUUGAAUCGAGAGAACAGAUGAGGAAAAAUAGCCGAAAGAGUUCCAGAAGGCAUUCAUAUGUCUCAUAAAUCAAGAAGUUUGUUGCUUAAGGGAACAUUAGGAUGUUUUGUAAAGAACGUGGAAGCAUUCUUCAGUUAAAAAAUUCCAUGCUGAUAAGCAUAAUUAUUAUGUUUUUAUUUCUAUCUUGUGUUAAUGUUUUUGUUGCU